GACUUUUAUGGCUAGAUUUACUUCAAAAAUAUUGCUUCUCAAUAUAUAUUAUGAACCAACGAUGCUUUCUAUAGAGGUUGCUGUGUUUUAUAAUCUUAAGUCACCUGUCACAUUUUUAUACACUCUCGCAAGGCAAACGUGUAUUUUUAAAAACAAGGAAAAUGUCGUCAAACGACCUUUAGCUUUUCCCGGAAGUACUGAAAAUGAAAGUAAAAACGAAGGUCGCACUUGUGUUAGUCUCACACACAGAGGUCAUCCUGUCCAGUAGUAUGCAAGUGGACACAAAUCACACAGGGGUCCGUAACGGAUCAAAGAAUUCGAGCUACCAGUGAACACAGAGGUGUAUCCUGAUCUUUCUUUGAAUUGAAGAUGAAGACGAAGACCUUGACUUGAAGAUGUCCUCAAACAUCUUGCUUAUGUUUUAACAUGGCGAUGGCUCACAAGUCUCUCUUUAAAGACCCAAAAUACAAGAACUGGGUCAGAGCUAGCUCUGGCUUAAAGAAGGCUUAGAACCUUUCGUUGAUGAAAUUCUAAUGCGACAUCACCAAAACAUCCUCGCUCAAAUUUUCCGUUCCGUACCAGUCAGCAAUUGCAACCAGUGUAAUUUAAAAAAACUUAAACCAAACCACGUCCGCGACAGAAAUAAACAAUGUCCGCUUGGACACGCAAAAUGUAAUUGUCAAUAUCCAAAUGGCAAAAUGGCAUGUCCCAACAACAUUUGUGGCGAUUUCUAUGAUAAAAUCAUCCGUUCUCACGCCUCCAGUCCGCCAAAGCCAUAUUGGGAUAAUGUAAACAGUAUGUUCUGGUGUACAAACCACUGGGAAUUUGGAAAGUGUUUCAUCAACGCACCGGGAUAUGUUUCGAAAACCAAAGCAUCGGAAAUUGACUGUUCUGGUCUACUUCAUGUUAUUAUAAAUAACAUAGAAUUCCACAGUCACAUUCAAAGCUGUAUCACUGGUUCGGACGUCUUCUCACAGGCGCGUGUGAUAAGGAAUGAACUGUUCCAUUCGUCUAUGGAACUGGAUGAUACGAAAGCAGACGAGUAUAUUGAUAUGAUGAUUGCUGUUUUAGAAGACCCCAAAGAACUUCUUAUGAGACAAAAAUGUAUAACUGCAGCACAGAAAUUGAAGGAGCUGAAGAAAAAUAAACUGAUUAUAACACAAGAGACAGAGGAAGAAGUUUUGAAAGCAGCUGCAUAUAUAAUCGAAGAAGACAGAAUGAAAUAUCUCCACCAAAGAGUGAACGACCUUGAAGAUAAAUUUCAAAGAAAAAACAUGGACUUAGGAAGAGUGAAGAGAAAGACAAAUGAAGAUCUAAAAAUGUUGAAGAAAAAGAGAAUGGAAGAUAAAGAAAAUUUGGACAAAUCUAUGAGUUCAUUGUCGGACAGAAUUUCUAGUCUGGAAUCGAAAGACAAGGAAACGGCUUCAUCAAAAAAGACUUUAGAAGAUAUUCAGAGCAGUCAGGCACACCACAAAGCACAGCUGGAGUAUGUAAGACGAAAACACGAUUUGAAAAGAAAACUCAUUGAUAUCUAUAAAAGAAUGGUCAUAAAAAACUCUGUACUACCUUUGAGAUAUGGACGAAGUGUAUGCAUAGGGGAUGUCUACGUUUUACCAUGGAUGGUUGUAGCAAAUGAAGGAGCAAGAAAUCGACAAAUGAAAGACGGAAUAGAUGUUACGUCUCUGACAGAAAUCUUUUACAAGGACGGAGAACCGGUACAGAAUAUAUACAUCCUUGGGGAAGCAGGAUAUGGGAAAACUAUGUUAACCAAAUAUGUAGUUUAUGAGUGGUGUUUGACACACGCUGAAGACGGACAAAUUGAAUCACAUGCUGAAGAGGGACAUAUUGAAGAAUUAAAAAUGUUUGCAGAAAAAAUGAAGGAAUUUGAUUUUCUUUUCUUCUUGUCGCUUCGUUAUAACAAAGCUGUUGAGGGGAACAACAUUCAUAAAAUGAUAGAAAACCAGUUUGGACAGACGGCUUUAGAAAUACUAGAAAAUGAAUCUGGCACUUGUUUGAUCCUGAUGGACGGCCUGGAUGAAUGGACGCCUAGUUUACAGCCUUCAUCUUCGCAGUUUCAGCCUCAAGGGAUACCACUUAAAAGUCUGACUAAAGAUUACACAAUUAUAACAACAUCGAGACCAUGGAAGCCACGUGCUUUAAACCUUGAUGAAUCUGAGAUGGUUCAAUUAAUAGAACUUCGUGGCAUCCGAAAAUAUUCUGUAGAAAGCUUCGUUAAUAAGGCCACGAAAUAUGUUGAUGAAUCAUGUGACGCCGAGGCCUUCACUGCGGAUAUAAAAAAGUCGUCUGUAUUUGACCUUGCUACUAUUCCUUUUAUGCUUCUCCAGCUUAUACGUGUUUGGGUAGUCAGCAAGCACAUAGCCUCUUCCCGCUGCGAUAUAUCUUGUAGUUUGUUGGGUUCUAUGUUUGCUUGGAGCGCUCAGUCAGACAGAAAAGAAAACAUUCUGAAAGUAGUUCGAGACAACGAGGACUUUUGCAGUGAUGUACGCUUUGAUGCAAUCAAAAGUGUACAGAAUCUAAAGCUGUGUAAGGAAUCUAAAUUCCUCAUACUGAAAGCAGCGAAGGUGUUUUACAGUAUGUUAUUUUCGAAUGAAACGUAUUCAGUUACGACGACUCAAAAUGAUUUGCGGUCAUUAGGCAUUGAUGAACAAAUCGAAAAUAUCUUCCUAGAGCUAGGGCUGUUUACGCUAGAUCGAGAUAUUAACGUAUUUCCAACUGAACAAGCAUACUCAUUUGUUCAUACAAUUCUACAGGAAUAUUUGGCAGCGUUAUAUAUAACUACACAAUGUCAAACAACAUCACCAACAGAUUAUUCUGUUGAUAAUUUCAAGGUAAUUGAUGAACAUUUAAAAUAUUGUAAGACUAUUGAUGAUGUAUGUAAACACGCCAAUUUAUUAGAAAUGAUUUGCACUUUGGACUCAACACUUACUACAUCUAUUUCUGAGUUUGUUUUCAGAAUUGUUAAUGCAGACAAACAAGUUCAAAAGUAUAGGAAAACAACUGAAAAUUAUGAUUAUGAAAUGAUGUACAAGAUACAAGACAUCAUUUUCAGCUGUACCUCCGAAAGCUUUUCAAAUGAACCGUGUAAUUCAAUUUCAUUAGGCGAUCUAGUCAUUGACAGUUCCACUGAUGUGGCUCUUUAUGAAAACAUAAAUCCGAGAAAAGUCAGGUCAAUAUAUGUAUUAGAGUGUGAUAAACUCAAUGAAGAGUUUUUUGAGUGCAAAAGUCUAAGUGAAUAUCCAAUAGACGAUGCUGACAAUAGUGACAGUGAUUUAUCCCAUCACACACGAGAAAGUGACAACGAACCGUAUGAAAUCAGCAGUGAAAGCUCUGGUAGUGGAAGUCAAAGUGACUGGCUAGUAGAUGAUAAUGAAAGCACUGAUGAUAUGUCUUGUAUCGAAAACGAAGGAAAGGAUGAAAGCCCAGACAACAGCACUGAGAGUAGUAUUAGUGUCGAUGGAAAUUACGACUUGGAUAAUGGAGAAGGCGAACGCGACAGUGGUUUUAUAGGACGGAGGGAACGGUACAGUUCUGAUGCAAAUAACGAGAGCAGGCAAAUAUAUAGCUAUGAUGAUGGACUCUCAGAAACAGAUAGCAGUGGAGAAACGAGCAUGAAUAUCGAAUCUCUCGAUCAUGGAAAUGGCAACGACAUCGGCGGAAAUGAAGAAACACAAACUCCUAAUGUUGAUUUUGGCGAGAGUGAAAAACAUUAUUUAAAUUUUUUGGCCAAAAAUGCCCAUAAAUGCCAACCUGAUAAAGUAUGCAUUGUUAAAUGCAGUUUAUCAGAUGGCGAUGUAAUGGCAAUUCGUAAAAUGAUUGGUAAUUGUUCUCAAACAUUGAAAUGCGUAGCGAUACAACAGAAACAAAUGUUUCCCUGCAGUGAUUCGCCUAUUGUCAGUACUCUCAUAAUGUCGAAAGCCACUUUGUUAACAUCACUUGAUCUACGCCUUUGUGAAAGUCUUCCACACGAAGAUAUGAUCAGGCUGGCAAGACUUCUUGAACGUAAUUUAGGCCUUGAACAGAUCACUCUGGCACAAAUCAAGUGCGCUUCAAUGGUAUGUCAAGAUGACCAUGAAUGCAAUUUUGUUCAACACAAACAUUUAAAAAAAAUUACUUUCACAUCUUGUGAUUUUCUAGCUAAUGCUAUCUGUAGUAAGAAACUUCAAGUGUGCAAGCUUGAUUGUCUUGAUCAGACAAUAGUUCGGAAUAUUAUGUUCUCCAUAAAUUUGUCUGAAAUAACAGUAUUUCAUCUAGGAAUGGUUCGUUUUGGAAGAGAUGAUAUCUUAUUUCCAUAUUUAGCUUUCCUAAAAGAAAUUAGGUUCGAAAAGGUUGAAAUGAACCAGGUGUCCUGGCUCUCUUUCAUCACAAAGCUUCGUUCAAUGGCUCUGUCUGACAUAGAAAUCAAGAGACUGACAAUAAGCCAAGAAGCUUGGAACAGAUUUAUAGAUGGUUUGUCAGAAUUAGGGAAAGACAAAAGUGUUCAUAUAGACACAUACAAUUUAAGAGUGAGACAAUUUCAAUCGCCGUUGUCAUUUGCGGAUGCUUCUGGUAAGGAAGUCACAGACGAAGCAAGGCAGUAUGUGAAAGAAAAUGGAUUCUGCGUGUUGCAUGACAAUGACGAUACGUUCGAAUUUGAAAAGAAAUUAGUGGAGACCAGCACUUCCACUAUUUGAAGUAGUCUAAAGCAGGAAAUGUAUUAUACAAAAUGAAUUUGCUGUUUACUCGUAUUCUCAGGAGAUGGGGAGCUAAGUGUUUGUUUUAUUCCCAGUAACAUAUUGACACUUCGUAAGCAGUAUUUUGUUGUAAUUUUGUAGAAAAUGCACUUGUCUUUCAGAUGGAGCCAUGAGAUAUUACAGAAUUAUUUUGGUAUAGCAUUUAAUAGCAUGCCCAACUUCAAGAAUGGACCAAGAGAUUCUCGUAUUCCUGUUUAGAUUUGACUUUUCAGCACAAACAAAUGCAGCAAGAAAUGUGACAAUUAGUAGCAUUGUGAAUACGUUAUGGCAAUAUUGCUCACCCCACUAAAAUUUAAAAAAAAAAAGAUCAGUAAAGUGCAAAUAUUCUCAUCAAUUUGCGUUCAAAUCACUUGAAAUUUUCGUUGUGUCUUUUUUGUCCUAUACAUGUCAACAACAAGCAUUAUAUAAUUUGACAACUUUAAGGGGAAAAACAAGAAUAUGAGAAACCCUGAGAAUACGAGGAAAGGGAAUACACAUGUAGAAACCUAAAGUAGACCACUUGGACAGAGUUUUGGAUUUUUAUAGCUUUUGUUCAUUUAUAGCAUAUAGGUCAAGAUGCUAUCUUGAUAUCUUAUAUGUAAAGAGUAUUUGUAACACUUGACGUUAGAAUUUUAUCUUGAUACCUGUAGCAAAUGCCAGUUGGAAUGUUAUAUUAAUCACGUUUGAAACACAUCAAUUUAAUGGCACUGACCUCCAUAUUUUGGCUCAAAAUGAUCUUUCUUCUAAAUUAAAGUUUGAUUAUUUUAUUAACACUAGAAAAUGAAUUUUUGUUUCUGAACUAUCUUAAAAAUGCCAAAUCAAGAAAACAAAUGCCCGAGUCGGGAACCGAACUCGGGCCGGCACUGCAAUUAAUUGUCUUGCGUUUUUACCAAUACACCACAAUUGUUAAAUGUAAACAGUAGUUUACCUCGAGUAUCUUUUCAAUUGCGAAUGUAAAAAUUAGUAAAAAAAUAAGUUUCAUGUGUUUUAAUAACAUAUAGUCUGUCAGUAAUUAAGUUUCAAAGCUUUCUUAAGAAAUAUAACAUUAUUUCCCUUAUAUCUAAAGAUGUUCUCCUAUUUUACCGUUGCAAGAUCUGGAGCUCAAUGCAUUUAACUAGAAUGUUAUCUUCAUAACUUAUAUGUAUUUGUAACGCAUUACACAAAUGUCAUUUUUUGCUACCAUGCGUAGUUUUGUGAAACAUUACAUUUGAACGUUAUCUUGAUUUCUCGUCUUAUUACUAGUAAAUAUGGAAUUUAAGCAAA